GGGUUCGAUAAAAUCCAAUCAAAAUAUGUACGGCGGCACCGAGGGAAAAAAAGAAAAAGUCUACAUGAUUAAAUAAGCGUACUCCACUACAUAACGAUAAGGAAAGCAACAGAAAUGAAAAAGUAGCAGCAUCAGCAAAAUCAAUGGUGCUACUUGGAUGCUCUGUUCGCCCUGGUAAUUCAUCUCUACUGCUUUCGUCAAACCCUAACUUCUCCUACAAGGUGCACUCGAAUUCUUUUGUUGUUAGCUCUGUAGAGAUUAAAAUUUGGAAUUGUUUAUCAUGUGUUCGAUUAAAUGCCUCUGUGAGACAACAAAGAUUUGUUAUCCAGUCAGUGAGGAGGGAUAGGAGUUCGCAUUUAGGUUUACAUGGUAUUUAUUUUCGGAAUUCGGGGAAAUUUAGUGCGCGUGUGAGGAGAAGUGUGAAAAGUUUGGUUAGUUUUCGAGAGAGGUUUCCGGUGAUUGUUCUUCAGUUUGUUGUUGGAGUCAUGCUGUUCAUGGCUGUUGCUGUGCCUGUUUCCAAGUCUCCGUCAUGGGCUCUUACGGAAGAGAAUCUUCUAUUUUUGGAGGCUUGGAGGACGAUUGACCGUGCAUAUGUUGACAAAACGUUCAAUGGUCAAAGUUGGUUUAGGUACCGAGAGAAUGCACUUCGCAAUGAACCGAUGAACAACCGUGAAGAGACAUAUGUGGCUAUAAGGAAGAUGCUUGGUACGCUGGAUGACCCAUUCACGCGGUUCUUGGAGCCUGAAAAAUUUAAAAGUCUUCGGUCUGGGACGAAAGGUGCUCUGACAGGAGUAGGACUUUCAAUUGGUUAUCCAACAAAAAAUGAUAGUUCUCCUCCUGGAUUGGUGGUUAUUUCUUCUGCUCCAGGGGGUCCUGCAAAUAGGGCUGGAGUUUUAUCAGGGGAUAUAAUUAUGGCAAUUGACAGUACAAGUACGGAGACCAUGGACAUCUAUGAUGCAGCAGAGCGUUUGCAGGGCACUGAUGGGAGUGCAGUAGAACUAAAAAUCAGUAGUGGACCCACGGUGAGGCAUCUAUCAUUGAGGCGUGAGAAGGUUUCGCUAAAUCCUGUGAAGUCAAGGAUUUGUGAGACAUCUGGUGCAGGGAAAGAUGCUUCAAGGAUUGGAUAUAUCAAACUAUCUUCAUUUAAUGAAAAUGCAUCGGGGGCAGUUAGGGAAGCAAUUGACGAUAUGAGGAGAAAUAAUGUCAGUGCAUUUGUCUUGGACCUUCGCGAUAAUAGUGGCGGUCUAUUUCCUGAAGGAAUUAAAAUUGCCGAGAUCUGGCUGGACAAGGGAGUGAUUGUGUAUAUAUGUGACAGCCGGGGUGUUCGAGAUAUAUAUGACACAGAUGGAAGCAAUGCUAUAGCAGCUUCAGAACCUCUAGUUGUGCUGGUGAACAAAGGCACUGCUAGUGCUAGUGAAAUCUUAGCUGGUGCACUGAAAGACAAUAAACGAGCAGUUUUAUUAGGAGAGCCUACAUUUGGCAAAGGGAAAAUUCAAUCAGUGUUUGAGCUAUCAGAUGGUUCUGGCAUGGCAGUUACAGUUGCUCGUUAUGAGACCCCUGCCCACACUGAUAUCAACAAGGUGGGUAUAAUUCCGGACUAUCCAUUGCCGGCAUCAUUUCCUAAAGACGAAGACUAUUUGUGCGGCUGCCUCCAAGACCCUAUAUCCAGCUGCUUUCUUGACAGAGUGGGUUUAUUUUUAAGAUGAUAUACAUAUAGACUUCAACAAAUAUGUAAUUCAGUAUAUUCUUUAAAUUCUUAGUUUUCUUUCGGGAAAAAGGCAUUUUAGUGUCUUAGCUUCUCACGUUUUCAGCGUUUGGUGUUUGCACUUUCAAAACUUUCACUUUGGUGUCUUGAACCGGUAGAUAUUUUCAAUUUAAUAUCUAAGAUGGGUAAAAACUUUCAGUUAA